CGCGCGUCGGAGUUCCCCGGCUGCCUGGCGCGCGGGUCAGGGCGGGUGCGCCCGUUCGGGCUCCCCAAGAAAGGGGGAAGGGGCGUGAUUUCGGGUAGCCGGACCCUGCCUCACUUGGGGAACUGAGGAGGCCUCUGGAUCGCCGCCUUUUCACCCCGGCUUGGAAUUGCUGGUUCCUCAGCUGGUUUCGCCCAGACGGGGGCGGUUCACCAGCUUUCACGCGCGGUGCGGAACCCGGUGAUCCUGGGCUGGGAAUUGGACCCUGGACUGGGGAUUGGAGUCGCCAUGUAGUUUUUGAAAGCCUGUGACGUAGAGUCCGUGGUUUGCAGCCUUUUCACAACAUUUCAUUCAUUCAACGCACACUUCCCUAAGCCUUCCAGUGCAACAGGCACAGUGCUGGGUGCUGGGGGAAUACCGUGAUGUUUUAGGCAGAAGCAGACUCUGCCCCCUUGAGGACGGCGGCGAAAAAACGUUAAGUUCCACGAAGGAAGCCAAAUAAGAGACUUCAUUUAGGGUGGUUCGAGAUGACCUGUCCCCAGGAGCUGACAUACAGGUUGACACCUUGAGGAUAAGAAGGAAUCUGGCUUGUGAGGAUCUGAAAAAAGCAGCUAUAUUCAUUUGUUCAGCCAGCUAUUCAUUGAAGUCCACAAAGUGCUCUGAAUAAGGUUAAAUGCUCCUUCACAAAAUAAUUGAUGGCAUUUGUGGCCGGGCUUAUCCUCUCUACCAGGAUUAUCACAGUGUUUGGGAUUCAACAGAAUGGAUGCAUGUUCUGGAAGAUAUUAUCAAAUUUUUCAAAGCUAUAGUUGGUAAAAAUUUAUCUGAUGAAGAGAUAUCUCAGCAGUUGAAUCAGUUGAAUUCAUUUCAUCAAGAAGCUAUCAUGAAAUGCUUGAAAAGUAGGAAAGAUGAAAUCAAGCAGGCUCUGCUAGGAGAAAUAGUUGAUAUUUCCUCUGCACAACUGCAGGAUUUUGAUUGGCAAUUAAAGCUUGUACUUUCUAGUGACAAGAUUGCUGCAUUACAAAUGCCACUUUUAAACCUUCAUCUAGAUGUAAAAGAAAAUGGUGAAGUCAAACCAUAUUCUGUUGAAAUGAGUAAAGAAGAGCUUCAAAAUUUAAUAAAUUCUUUGGAAGCAGCUAAUAAGGUGGUCCUGCAGUUGAAAUAACUGGAAAUGAUGAAUACCAACACAAUCAGAUUCACUGCUACAGUGAUAUGCACAGCAAAUACUGUGUGUUCAGAAAAGCUGCACUGUAUUUUGCCAAGCUGAGAAAACAACAGUGAUGAGAUUAUAAAGAUAAAAAUUUAUCAGCCUCUGUAAAGAACAGGAAAUUACAUGAUUGACAGGAAAUGCAUUAAAAAAAAAGAAGUAAAGAUGAAAAAGUUCUAAUAGCAGUUUAUAUUUUCAUAAUGACUGUUUUGCCUCAUUUACUGAAUAUUUGAGAAAUCUUUGUAGAUGUACAGUUUUACUGAAAACAAAAAAUAUGUUCUAAAGUAAUGUAAACAUUUAAAGCACAAAUGUACUUGAAUAUUGCUUUAAGAAGUAGGUGAAUAGCAAGGCCUUGUGUUACAGAUAUUUAAUUAUUAAUUCAUGAUAUUUUUAAAAAUAAUUUUUUAAAGAAUGUAUAAGUUGCAUAUGUAACUCAGGAUAUUCCGUAUCUUUCAUAUUUCAAAAUGAAAAAUUUUUAAAUAUAAAAUUUGUUAGAGAAAGCAGCUCUUAGACAUGAGCAAGGAAAAACUACUCUAAAUUUAUGUGAACAGUUCUUUGUGAAUUCUAAACUAAAAUCUUGUACUAGAACACAAAGAAAUAAAAUAAUGCUGUUGCUCUUGCAGUUCUGUGUCUGAUUAGAAGAGUAUGUUCUGAUAAAAAGAAUCGAUGUCAUUGUAUAGUGUAUAUAUUACUAUUCACAUAUCAGAUAAGACUAUAUACAAUAUUUGUUAGAAACUCAAUAUUGAAUUUAGUGAUUUUGGAUGUUAACUUCAUUGGAAAACAAGACAUUUUUAACUUCAGUUAAAACAAGCAUUCUGAAUAAAUAAUGUCUUACUUUUUUUGUA